AUGAUGCUAUUCCAGUGGGCAACCCUUUGGUUGCUCUUUAUUCUAGCGCAGCUCGCUUUUUGCGCCGAAGACUUCUAUAAAAUUCUUGGGGUAGACCGUCAGGCGACAGAUAAGCAGAUCAAGACAGCAUAUCGACAAUUAAGCAAGAAAUACCACCCGGACAAGAAUCCAGGUGACUCUACAGCCAAAGACAAAUUCGUCGAGGUCGCCGAGGCCUACGAGGCUCUAAUCGACCCGGAGUCCCGAAAGAUCUACGACCAGUACGGACAUGAUGGUCUAAAGCAGCGCAGCCAGGGGGGCGGACAUCAUCACGACCCGUUUGACUUGUUCAGCCGAUUCUUCGGUGGGGGUGGUCACUACCAGAGGGGACAGCCGCGCGGGCACGACAUUGAGAUCAAGGUCGGGAUUUCCCUACGCGACUUCUACAACGGCCGGGAUACGGAGUUCCAGUGGAGAAGCAGCAAAUUUGCGAGGAGUGCGACGGGACAGGAUCUCAAGACGCUAGCACCAGGCAUGUUCCAGCAGAUUCAGACCACUUGCGAUGCUUGCGGCGGUCGCGGCAAGACGAUCAAGCAUAAGUGCCCGGUUUGUGGUGGUAACAGAGUUAUCCGCAAACCGACCACCGUCUCGCUUAAGAUUGAGCGGGGUGCUGCCCGAGAUGCUAAGAUUAUAUACGAGAACGAAGCCGAUGCGAGCCCUGAUUGGAUUGCCGGUGACCUUGUUGUUACACUCACCGAAAAGGAGCCCGAUUUUGAGAAUGAUAAUCCCGAUCAUGUGGACGGUACUUUCUUCCGGCGUAGAGGCAACGAUCUUUUCUGGCGAGAAGUCUUAUCUCUUCGGGAAGCCUGGAUGGGCGAGUGGAGCCGUAACUUAACGCAUCUAGAUGGCCACGUUGUGAGAUUAAGCCGGAAGCGCGGCGAGAUCGUGCAGCCUGGUCAUGUUGAAACCGUGGAAGGUGAAGGGAUGCCUAUAUGGAAUGAGGAUGGGGAUUCGGUAUACCACCAAACCCAAUUCGGCAAGCUAUAUGUCGAGUAUGUCGUAAUCCUACCGGACCAGAUGGAGUCCGGGAUGGAAAAGGAGUUCUGGUCCGUGUUCCAGAAAUGGAGAGGCAAGGUCGGUGUAGACCUACAAAAAGAUAGCGGCAGACCGGAAGGCGCCAUACCUAUAAAGGAAGAAAAGGACGAACUGUAA